UUUUCCAUUAACAUUUACACAAAAUUACGGGAGAAAUUGAAGUUAUCUGGCUUGUCUUUAAGCGAGCACACACAGUCACGUGAUACGUCUUGGCAGGCACAGCAGGCAUAAUUCCAAGAUGGCGGUCUGUAUAGCUGUCAUCGCUAAAGAGAACUAUCCUCUGUUCAUCCGAAGUGUACCCGUACAGAAUGAACUGAAGUUCCACUACACGGUGCAUACCUCUCUGGAUGUAGUGGAGGAGAAGAUUUCAGCAGUCGGCAAAGCAAUGGCAGACCAGAGAGAGCUUUACCUUGGGUUGCUGUACCCAACGGAGGACUACAAAGUAUAUGGCUAUGUGACAAACUCGAAGGUGAAGUUUGUCAUUGUCGUGGACUCAUCAAACACAGCUCUACGGGACAAUGAGAUUAGAAGUAUGUUCAGAAAGCUACACAACUCAUUUACUGAUGUGAUGUGCAACCCAUUCUACAAUCCUGGAGACACCAUUCAGUCUAAGGCCUUUGACAGCAUUGUGUCUGCAAUGAUGGUGCAAGCUAGCUGAUAUUGUCCUCCCGAACAUCUGUACAUAAUUUCCAGAAACCCUUUACAUGUUGCCUCGUGUAUAACAAUGAAAUAAACUGUCCAUCAGAACCUCCAUUUCAAA